AUGGAAUCCCCACGUCGCAACGUCCCCAAAGCCGCCCGUCGGUACAUCUACCGUCUCGUCAUCUUCUACGUCCUGGCCGCCCUCGCCAUCGGAGUCAUCUGCUCCUCCAACGCCAAACAACUAACCGCCGGCUCCGGCACCGACGCCUCCUCCUCCCCCUUCGUCGUGGCGAUCUCCAACGCCGGCAUCCCCGUCCUCCCCAGCAUCGUCAACGCCGCGAUCCUCACCUCCGCCUGGUCUGCCGGCAACUCCUUCCUGUACAUGUCGUCGCGCUCACUGUACUCCCUCGCCGUCUCCGGCAACGCCCCCAGCAUCUUCAAAUCCUGCAACCGCUGGGGCGUACCGUACUUCGCCGUCGCCAUCUCCUCCCUCUUCUCCCUCCUCGCCUACAUGGCCGUCGGCAGCGGCAGUUACACCGUCUUCAACUGGCUCAUCAACUUCACCAACACCUCCGGCUUCAUCUCCUGGUUCUGCUGCAGUGUCGUGUACUUCCGCUUCAACAAAGCCGUUAAAGUGCAGGGCGUCGAGAAACCCUAUUCAUCGCGCAUGCAGCCAUGGGGAAUGUACGUUGGUCUGGCGGGCUCGACCUUCCUCGCUUUGAUCAAUGGAUUCACCUGCUUCUUUCCGUCCGAGUGGUCCGCGAGUAACUUCUUCACCGCGUAUAUCGGUAUCCCCGCGUUCGUGGUCCUGUAUGCUGUUCAUCGCAUCGUCUACUGGAGUGAUCCGUGGGCGUGGAGGAGUGAAGAGGUCGAUUUACAUACCGGGUUGAGGGAGAUCAUGGAGGCGGAGAAGCCCGAGAGGGUGAGGGAUACGUGGUGGAAGAAGUUGGCGGUUUUGGUGGAGUAG